AUGCCGGCAGACGCUAACAGUGAGCCCGCUGUGCCCUUCAGCCCUCAGGCGUUCAGCCGUUACCUGGAGGACAUCAUCAGCUACCGGUGGGAGCUGGAGGAGGGGAAGCCCAACCCACUGCGAGAGGGGCCCUUCGAGACCCUGCCGCCGCGCACGCAGGUGGAGCUGCUGCACCGGCUGUGCGACUACCGGCUGGACGCCGCCGACGUCUUCGACCUGCUGAAGGGCCUGGAUGCAGACAGCCUGAGGGUGGAGCCCCUGGGGCAGGAUGGGGAUGGAGCCCUCUACUGGUACUUUUACGGCACUCGUAUGUACAAAGAAGAGCCAGUUCAGAGGAAAACUGAGAAGUUCAGUGAAAUGACUGAACUGACACUGCCUGAGAAAAAGAAAAGGGGAAGGCCACCAAAGAAGAGAAAGUAUGAAGAUCCUUUUCUAAGUGAUGCUGAAAGUGAAGUUCCGGACGUGCAGACAGAAGAAGACGGAAGACUGGAUGACCUUCCUCCAAGCACAUCUCGUAAGCGAGGCGCUUGGUCCCUGGUGUGCGAUACAGAGCAGCAGUGGGUCAGUCUGGCGGAGAGCAUCAAGGACAGAGGCUCCCCACAGGACCGCCACCUCUACCGGGUCAUCACCCAAAACUUCCUGCCCGAGAUCAGCAGCAUGAUCGAGCACAAGGAGCGAGAGCAGAAACAGAAACUCCUAGAUCCAGCCCCAUUUCGCAUAUCGCAGAGAUCCUCUGAAAAUCCCAUCAAAGGAGAGGAAGAGGACAAUCCCAGCACCGCCUCAGAGGACGAGAGGAAGAAAGACGAAGAGCUGGACAGGCAGGUCCUGCUGGCCGAGCAGCGGCGAGAGGAAGAGAGGCUUCUGCAAGAAGAACGGCAGAGGGAGAAGCUGGAGAAGAUCAAAGCUGUGGAAGACCGAGCCAAGAGGCGGAAGAUGCGGGAGGAGAAGGCCUGGCUGCUCUCGCAGGGAAAAGAGCUGCCAACCGAACUGGUGAAUCUGGAGCCGUCAUCACCCGUCCACCGAACACGCAGGAAUAAAGAAUUCUACGACAUGGAUGAUGACUACACUGCCCUUUACAAAGUUCUUGAGGCCCUCAAAGCUCACAAAGACGCCUGGCCAUUUUUAGAACCAGUCGACGACUCCUAUGCUCCCAAUUACCAUGAAAUAAUCCAGACUCCCAUGGACCUUUCCACUAUUGAAAGGAAGCUCAACGAUGGAGACUAUGUCGCCAAGGAGGAGUUUGUGGCCGAUGUGAAGCUCAUGUUCGAAAACUGCAUGGAGUACAACGGAGAAGACAGUGAGUACACCAUCAUGGCGGAGUCUCUGGAGCGGUGCUUCAGCCGGGCCCUCGCCAAACACUUACCCUCAGAGGACGGAGACACGGACGAAGAGUUCCACGUCAGUCGGGAAGACAAAGAGCGCAAGGACAAAAAACGCAACCGCAGCAGCAAACAUCUGGGGCCCGACAGUCUGAUCCGAGCCACGGAGCAAGUCCAGCGGAAGCGAGGCUCCCAGGGGGGCAAGGGGCAUUCAGGGGAAGAGGACAGAAGGCCGUCCCGACCACAGCUGCCCCCCCACUGGUCCAACGGCCCCCCCCACCCUCACGGCCUGCCUCCCAACCAGCAGCACGCCCGGGACGGCGCCAUCAGGGGCAUGUACCACCCGGGCCAGCAGGUAUCCACAGACCAGCCUCUGCUCAUCAAUGUUUGGUUUCCAUACCUCCAUCAUCCAGGCAGGCCUCCUGGCCCACAUGGUCCCCAUGGUCCUCAUGGGCCGCAUAUGUAUGGCCAAAGAGUGUCGAUGGACCCCCGCUUUGCCUACCCAGUUCACAUUCCUCAACAUGGAGACCCCAAUCUGAACCGCCUGCCGCACGGCUUCAGCAUGCAGCAUCGCAUGGCUGAAGGACACCCCAUGGGCCCCAGGUAUCAGCUCAGGCCCCCUCCUAACGAGCAGCACCCGCAGCAGCAUCCCUACAUGGGGCCGACCCACGGCCCGUCCCUGGGACCACGCCCGAUGGCCCUCCAGCCCGGACCCCCCCCCGAAGCCAGCAUGUAUCCGUCCCACCACCGCCCGGAGAGCCACACCAUGCAUCCAAUGGGCAACAGGUUCCCAGGGCCAGAGGGCCCCCCCCAGCACAGCCACCCCGGCUUGAGGCCCCCUGCUAUGGGCGUGUCGAACAUGUGGCCCGGCAUGAAUCCCCAGGGCCAGGACAGACUAAACGGCAUGCGCAUGCAGGAUCCCAACAUGGUGAACCAGCGCGGCUUCAGCUACGGGGGGAUCCCCCCUCCGGUCGGCCAUAAGCCUUGGCCAGAAGCUGCCGGAUACCCGCAGCAUCCGUCCAGCGCCCAGUAUCAGAUGUCCUCCGCCGCCAGCUCCCUCGGGCCCGCGUCCGCCCGGCCGCCCGGGUCUCAGGCAGACUCCUCCGGCCGGACGCUCCUGUCCUCCAUGCUGGAGAGCCCCGAGAUGCGAGCCCUCCAGCAGCUGUCGGCCUCCUCCGGCCCCCCCGCCGGUGCCCCUCAUCAGCACACGGGCAACUUUCAGCCGGCAGGGCCCCCGUCGGGACUUGGCAGUGUCCCAGCUCACCCCUCCAACCCGCCGCCUCCUUCCCCCGAGGUUCAGCUGCUGCGUCCCGCCGGAGACAAAGGGCCAGACAGCCAGCCUGCCCCACACGCAAACUUGAGCCCCAAAGGGACAACAUCAGAGAACAAAAUGGCUGCCAACAGCCUUUCUGAUGAAACCUCAUCGCACAAAAACUGUUUUACUGGCGCCCAAGAGCAGCCGUCCAUGCGCAGCCCUAAAGGAUGUUACAUUUCAGCGGUCGACAGGAUGCAGAGCCCCCCGCCGCCACACCCGAGCAGAACGCCGGGCAGCCACUCUGAGCCAGGACUCUCGAAUAGUUUAACGGAGAGCCUCCAUCCGGCUCACAGCAGCCCGGCUCCCGCUGCCUCCCCUCACACCCACCCGGCCGGCUCCAGACCCACGCAGAGCAGCCCCCAGCACAAAGCCCCCAGCCCCGCCCACCUCCCCCCAAACCGGCCCCCAGCGCCCGUUCCCGAACCCCAGAAUCCCGCUCUGCGUCUGUCAGACGGCCGGCCAAACGCACAGAACAUCCCGACUCAACAGCAGCUUCACCCGGCCACCGUUAGUCCUCCUCCAGGCCCCCCCGACGGCUCCCCCCGGACAGCCCCCCAGAGCGCAGAGCCCUCCCAUCAGAGUGUCCAAAGAAUCUCCCCGGGGUGUCCAGCUCUGAUGCCCGCCCUGUCCCAGAGCGCCACCAGAGGAGCUCAGCCCGCCCCGCUCACCUCGCUGCCCCCCAGCCACCCCGCCCCCCUGCUGCCCUCCCAGCCCAGCCCCGCUGACCACGGACACCAAAGGCCCUGCGAGCCCACCGGCAGACCCGACCCCGAGGCCACCGCCAUCUCCCCUCAGCCCACCAUGAUGGCCCACGGGCCACCGACCGCCAUCUAUAACCCCCAGGCCUUCAGCCCCAAUCACGGGCGAGCCCCACCGGUGGGGGGCGUCCAGGCUCAAAGGGGGUCGUCGCACGCUCACAAUCCGGCCGUGCCCCCCCACACCCAGGGUCAGGUCAACGGGGGCGUGGGCCAGUACGGCUUAGGCAAUCCCCCCCACCCACACUACAAUCACACCCCCAUGGGCCGGCCCGUGCCCCCGUACCACAAUCAGAAUAUGAACCCCAUGCACAGCCCCGCGCCCCACGCCGCCUUCCACCAGCAGGGGGCCUACUCCUACCACCAGCAGCCCCCGCAGAACCACGGCCCCCUGUACCCCCCCCCCCAGUACCAGCCGCAGGCCUACUACCCCCCAACCCAGACCCAGUCCCAGACCCACAGCCAGGCCAACGGCAGAGGAGCGUUCCCCCCCAAGGAGUGGCCCCGGCCCCCCUACCAGCCCCACCAGUCCAUCCCGGCCGGAGCCUACCUGCUCCCCCGGGUCAACGGCCCCCCGAGGGAGAGCAGCGUGUCCCCGCUGGGCUCCGAGGGCUCGGGCGGGGCGGGCCUGCUGUCCCCGGGCCGCCUGAGCGAAAUGGGGCCCAGUUCUGGAUGUACGGAGGACGGGAAGCCCGGCAGUCCCAAACCGGAGAGCUCCGAGCGGCCCGAGAGUCCCAAAGAGAUCCUGGACCUGGACAGCCACAACGCGGCCGCCCGCCGCCGGGGCCUGCAGCAGCACGCCGGCCUCCUGUACGACCCCCGGGCGCUGCACCCCGGCGGGCAGCGGGGCGGCGCCCCCCCGCCGCACAUGAUGGCGCAGGGCUGCGGGUUCGGGAGCGUGAGCCCGUUCCCCGGGCAACCGUACCCGGACGCCGGGCGCUACGCCGCCCAGAGGCCACACCCACACCUGAUGGAGGCCCUGCAGCGGCCCCAGCAGCUGCCCUUCUCCCCCGGGCAGACGCGCAUGGCCAUGUACAGACACCCCCGGGCGGGGGGGCACUUCCAGGGCAUGCUGGUCCCGCAGAGGGGCCUGGGACCGGAGCGCUUCCUACAGCCGGGGUAA